GGCAGGGGAGAGCUGAAAUUUGUGUAGAGCUUUCCUUGAGUUCCCCCCUGCCUGCUGCUCUUUGCUGCCUGUGAUCACAAGCUGAUAGGGAUCUCCUGACUUGCGAGGUGCCUGCGUGAGAGAGACCUGAAGAUGCCUGAUAGUGAGGCUGAGCAAGCCACAUUGGAGCGGCAGCAGUUCCAGAGGCAGCGAGCCAUAAGGCAGUGACUCAGGCAUGUGGCCAGUGCUGCAGGUGUCAGGACAGGCAGAGCUGAGUACCAAGCUGGCAAUCAAUAAUGCAGAGAGGCAGUCACAUGUCCUUGCUGGCUGUUGCAGUAUUCCUCUCUCCCUCAGAGUCUGGUUACUUCCAGAGAUCAAGUUCCAGCCUCUCGGCUGGUGAAUUAUUAAACUCCAUCACUGCUCCCUUUGUACCACAUCUGUGUCUUCCUGCUGUCCUUCCUUGGUGACAGACUCUUUCCAUCCCACUGGCUGUGCAGAAGCAGAGUUCUUCCAGGCCAGAAUAGCACUUUGUAUUCUCCUUUGCUCCUUGCUUCUCUGUGGGAGACUGAAAGACUCCAGAGAUGGAUCUGUCCUACAGAUCCACAAUCUCCAUCUAUAAGGUGAGUAUGGGCAUCUAAGGCUGCUCCUGACUGUAUGGGAGACAGGUGGGUGGGAGAUGAGUGUUUGCUGCCAAAGGCUCCUUUGCGUGGACAGCUGAGGGCUGAAUCUGUUCCCAGGCUGUACUGCAGCAGCUCCUGUGGGUUCAGGGCUGUGCUUGGGAGCAGGAGAGGGCAGUGUGGGUCCUAAGGGCAGAUUUGGGAAGGAACUGGGCAGCCAGGGUGGUUUGGACAUGGAGCAUGAAGGGUGAUACACCUUGGCUGCUGGCAGGAAGAUGUUCAGUUGGCCGUUUUGCCACUCCCUUGAAAGAGUCUCUCAUCUCAUAAAUGCUUCCCUAUACAUCAGUCCUGAACCAAGGGGGGGAAGGGCUGACAGAAGUGGGGAGUUGCUUAUUCCAGUCUCUGGUCUUCUCUGUAGUCAAUGGACACCUUUGAUAAUUGCAAAUAAAAGCAGAGAAGCUAGUUGUCCAUCUCUUCUCUUACUAAGCUGCUGAGUCUGGCAGUGCACCAUGUCCUGGCCAGGGAAGGGUUGUGUUCAUGCCUGGAUGAUAAGCAAUGGCCCUCUGGCUGGCUGUGGGGUGAGGGAAAAGGCUGCUCAGAUCCCCUUGCAGUUACUCCCCUGCCUGCAGUGGGUGUGGACCCUUGGGAGAAAGCCAUCUUCAUUUAGGCAACCACUUGGCUCUGCAGUGGGCUACCUUGGCCUCUGGCAUGGCUCCUCUCCUGGCUGGCUUGGGAAGACUAAGGGCAGCUGGAGUUGCCAGCCAGUCCCAAUGCAGGGAGCUGGCUGUGCUUGGCUGUACAUUGCCUCCAUUCCAGUGCUCCAGAGGGGGCUCUCAGCCAAACAACAGCACAGGGUCCUUGAUCUGCUGAGGUCUCUGGGCAUGAGGAAGAAUGGUUUUAACGUGCUCCUGCCUGGCCACAGAGUAUCCUGGAGCAGUUCAACCCUGCGCUGGAGAACCUGGUGUACCUGGGGAACAACUACCUGCGUGCCUUCCAUGCAUUAUCCAAAGCAGCUGAAGUGUAUUUUAAGGCUAUUGAGAAGAUUGGGGAGCAAGCACUGCAGAGUUCCACCUCACACAUGCUCGGUGAAAUUCUGAUGCAGAUGUCUGACACACAGAGACUACUGAGCUCUGAUUUGGAAGUUGUGGCUCAGACUUUCCAUGUGGACCUGUUGCAGCACAUGGAGAAGAACAGCAAAAUGGAUGUGCAGUUUAUCAGUGAAAGCCAGAAGCAGUAUGAGCUGGAGUACCAGCGAAGAGCCACCAACCUGGAUAAGUGCAUGGCAGAGUUGUGGAGAAUGGAGAGGGCUCGUGACAAAAAUGCCCGGGAGAUGAAGGAGAAUGUGAUUCGACUGCGUUCGGAGAUGCAGGUGUUUGUCUCUGAGAGCCAGAGGGAGGCUGAGCUGGAGGAGAAACGCCGCUACCGCUUCCUGGCUGAAAAGCACCAGAUGCUCUACAACACUCUCCUCCAGUUUUACAGCAGGGCUCGGGGCAUGAUCCAGACCAAGGUACCACGGUGGAAGGAGCAGCUGGAGGCCAGCCGUAACCCCUCAAACAGCCACGCACAGGGGCUGCUCUCAGCCUCCCAUGGCCAGGGGUAUCCAUCAGGACGGCUCAUACCCACACAUCUCGAGAUGCCCCAGAGACCCCUUGGGGACUUUGCUUCUUCUGUGACUGGAAGUAGAUCCAGCAUCUUCUCUCCGGACCCUCCAGAAAUGAGAAUGUCUCCUCAGCCAGAGUCUCCCAGGCGGCCACUGCGGAGGACACCAUCAGCAGCCAGUUUGCUCCCUACAGGCCGGGUGUCCCGCUCAGGUUCCUUUGGCGAAGCCAGCAGUGGCAGCGAGGGCAGAAAGAGGAGUGGCACAACAAGAGUUCAGGCCAUUGUGCCCCACACGACGGGUGCCAACCGGACCCUGCUGCAGUUUGAACCCGGGGAUGUCAUCACGGUGCUGAUGCUGGAGGCGCAGAAUGGCUGGCUCUAUGGCAAACUGGAGGGCUCAUCCACGUGUGGCUGGUUCCCUGAAGCUUAUGUCAAGCCUUUGGAGAAUACGAGGGAGAUGGAGGAGCCAGACACCAGGUCCUUCCCACUGCGAAGCAGCCACAGUAUGGAUGACAUCCUGGACCGUCCCAGCACUCCAUCCUCCAGCAAUUACUGGCCUGCUGCUGCCCAGCCCAGCGUGCCGAACCCACCUUCCCUCUCAGUGGGUGCCAGCAGUCACCAGAGUGGGGUGGUCGCCCCAGUCAAUUCUGUCUCCAAGAAAUCAGGAGUAUCUGACCAGCCCCCUGAACUCUUCCCACGAGGCACCAACCCCUUUGCCACAGUCAAGCUGCGCCCCACAGUCACCAACGACCGCUCAGCACCCAUCAUCCGGUGAAACAGGGCUGUGAGCAGUGAAGAAUUUCAGCAGAUAAUAAGGAGGAGGAGUGAUAAUGCAGUGACCAGCUGGGCAGCAACCUAGUGCUACCACUCAUGGAUUGAACUCUCUUUUCUCCUCUCAUACCUCUGGGACAAUGGGACCCAUCUCACCUGGGUGUCAGGUGUGCUUUAGCCAGAAGCUGCCCUUACUGGACUGAUCCCUGCUCCCCUCCCCUUGUGGUGUUACUGUACUUGAGUGGGAGGGAGCAGUCUGGUGUUAUUGGUGCUGGUGGCCUGGGAGAGGGGAUGGUGCAGGAGGUGGAGGUGGGGCUGGCUAAGAUCAUCUGCAGCCAGGGCAGUGCUGUUGGGGUGCUGAAGGUGAAGCUUUGCUAUCCUUGCUGUGAGCAGAGAAGAACUGUCACCAAACAGUUAAUUUGCCACCAGAACAAACCCCAAAAGGGAAGGCUACAAGAAGGCUUCCAGUGAUGUCGUACAGCUGACAGGGUCUGGUCUUGACCCCUUCAACAACUGCAUCCAUUUGUAGCAGCACCUGCCCCUUCUUACCCCAGGUGCAGCCUCGUAUCUUGCUGGGCAGUGCUGGGGCAAGGCAGGGGCCAGUGACAAUGUCCAGCACCACUGCCUUGUUCCUUCAUGUACUGUCCUGUGGAAAAUAUAUGGGGUUUUAAAAAUAAAAUGGA